AUGCAUUCUGGCCCAUGCCGAACCAAAACCAUCUUUCCGUUCCUCGCCUCGCCUCUUCGUUCCCCCCCGUCCCCCUCUCUUCCCCUCCCCUUCCCCUCCCCUUCAGGAGUCCCGCCAUCUCCGCGCCACCAUCAUUCAGGCCGUCUCUCGCUUCAUCCCACGUCAAUCCCACACUGCCCUUCCCUUCUCCUCCACUCCCCCCCCCCCUCCUCUCUUCCCCUCCUCCCCUUCCUCCCCGUAACCUCAGGAGUCACGCCAUCUCUGCGCCACCAUCAUUCAGGCCGUCUCUCGCUUCAUUGCAUCCUUGUCUCACGACAGGCCAACUUCCACAGCCCCUCGCUUUCCUCCCUCCCCGUCCCUCAGGAGUCACUUCAACUCCACGCCACCAUCAUCAAGGCCGUCUCUCGCUUUGUUGCCUCCUCAGUGCAGGAAUCCCGUCAUCUCCGCUCAACAAUCAUUCAGGCCGUCUCUCGCUUCGUCGCCUCCUCCUCGCGCAUCAAGCCCUCCCAGCUGCCUUUGCUCGUCUCUGCUUUCUUCAUCUCACCCAUUCCAGCCAGCAGCCUGCAUGUUGCAGGAGCGGUGGAGGGUGCACGGAGGUGGAGUGCGGUGCUGCAGGGUGUGCAGCAGAUGCUGAGUGCGGGGCUGAAUGCAUUCGAGUGCUCACGAGGCCUCCUGCCUCCACCAAAGAAGCUAAGGGAUAUCGGCCCUUCUGGUGCACAAUUUGCUGCAACUUCAGCUGCUGCUGUCACCAGCAGUAGCAACAACAGCAGCAGUGCAGUCUCAUCACUCUCCCUGCUGCUUCUCCAGUGCUUACAGCGCACAGAAGCUGCCGUCCAAGCCUCUUCGCGCUCCCAUUCUGAAGCAGCAGCAGCAGAAGCAGCAGCAGGAGCAGGAGCAGGAGCAGGCGUGUCAGCAGCAGGGGAAGGGAUGGCAUCUGUUGCCGGGGAAGGAAGGGCAGAAGAAGCAGAGGAAGGAAGGGCAGCAGCAGGAGAGGAAGCAAGGGGAGCAACCAUGGAAGGAAAGGGCCCAGGAGAAAAAGAGAGCAGCAAGGGCAGUGCACCUGUUUACAUGUCCACGAGAGAGGCAUGCGCCCUUCUCUCCUCCCUCUCCUCCUCACUCCCUGAAACCGACGUUGCCUUGCUGUCUGCCUGCCUGCCUGUCCUCCUCCUGCUGCUGCUGCAUGAACCUAUACCUUCCUCCUUUUUGAGCCGGAAUGACACUUUGAAUGUGCCUCUGAGUGAACCGCUGCAGGAGAAGAGAGCAACGCCACUGCGCUCUCAGUCUCUCCCCUCUCAGUCUCCAGUGCUGCCUCCACAGCAGUUAUUGGCGCCAAGAGUGCCUUCAUUCCCGUCCGCAGUGCCAUCAUUGCCACCCGCAGUGCCAUCAUUGCCACCGGCAGCGCCUCCUUUUCUCAGUGCCUGUGGAGCCAGGAAGAGACGGAAAUUAGCAGCAGAUGCUGUUCAGGUGGCUUGCGAUGCUUGUGCAGUGCCUUCAGGUGGUUUUCAGGUGCCUUCAGGUUCUUUUGGGGCGCGCUCCGCUGUUUCCCAAGUGCCUUUGGAUACUUCAGGUGCUUUUCAGGUGCCGUCAGGUGGAGGCGGAAGGCGGGUGAAACCAGUGUUGAAGCAAAGCCAGGUGCUUUCGGUGGACGCUGAUGUGGCAGUUCCUGAUUGGCAUUUAUCAAAGCGUGAAAACGUUAGGGCACGAAGACUGCCAAUGCGGAGCAUGGAAGCAGCAGCAGCAGCAGCAGAUGAAGAGGAGCGUGCUUACGAGGAGAAGUCAGUGUGGACAAGGGGAGGAGGGGGACUGCAUGUGGAUGGUUGGAAUGGUGGGGAAAAUGGGAGGGAUGGUGAGGAUGGGAAGGAUGGAGAGGAUGGGAAGAAAAGAGCUAUACCGUUUCCGGCAUGGGAGGAAGUGCUGAUGUAUGGGAACCGAGGCAUGCCUCUUGCAUGGAUGCUGCAGCCUUUAGAACGCAUGUUUCCGUCUCCCUUCUCCUGCUGCAGUAGGAUGAGUUGCAGGGCGGAUGGAAUAGGCAGGGCAGGAAUUGGCAGGAGGAGGGGGUUGGAAAGCAGUGGGAGCAGUGAGAGAAGUGGUGGCGAUGAAAGUAGUGGGGGCAGUGAGAGCAGUGAAAGUAGUGGGAGUGAGCUGCUAAGUCAGGAGGGCAAGAGGAGCUGGGUGCAGUGGUGCCUACCUCCCCCCCGGGACGACUACCGGGACAAAGAGUUCAUUCAGAUUGAACGAGGCCCGUUAGCCCUUCACCAGGCCUUCAUUCAAAUCCUUUCUGCGGACCCAACAGCCCUCCGAACCGGAGGCUUGGACGUUCGGUUCACAGGCGAGGGUGGGGCCGCAGGUCCGGGAGUGCUUCGGGAGUUCUUCGCCUUCGUUCGGGCACACCUCUUCGACCCGAACCUGGGCCUCUUCUCUCCCGUACCUCACGACCCGAGCCGGUUCUCCCUCUCCCUGGCCUCCCGAGCCAACCCUGCCGAAGCUAAGGAGUACCUUCGAUUUGCCGGACGUAUCCUGGCCCUUGCUUUGGCGCAUCAGGUCCCAUUAGGAGUGAAGCUGUCUCGGUCCCUGUUUGUGUUGCUUGCGGCUUGCACACCCUCACUGGCUGAUGCUGCUGAUGAUGAUCCCCAGCUUGUUGCUAGCUGUCGGUCUUUGCUGGCUAUGGCUGAAAGGGAGAGGGAAGAAGCAGCACAGGGAGGAGGAGGAAGAGAAGGAGGAGGAGUGGAGUCAUUGUGUCUCACCUUCGUGGCUUCGGUAGAGGAUCCGAUGGGGGGGGCACCAAUCGAAGCAGAGCUUGUUCCAGGUGGCAGCGAGCGAGUGGUUCGUGCUGAUGAUGUGGCGGAGUUUGUGCAGCGGAUGGUGCAGUUUAGAGUGUGCGGGGUGGUGGAGGAGGAGGGGGAGGCGUUGCGGCGAGGCAUGGAGGAUAUAUUGGGGAGCGGAGGAGGGCGGGAUGUGAUUGUAGGGAAAGGAGAUGUGGUGGAAGGAAGGGAAGGGACGGAUGGGAAAGGAGGGAUGGGUGGAACAGAAGGGAGUUUGGGAGGAUUGGGAGGUGGCUUUGAGAGAGAUGAGGAACAACACCUGUCGAUCCACAAGGAUGAUGAUUGUUGCGGUGAUUCGAUUGAAGGCGUGAGUCUCGCUGCCAUGCUCGCUCCCCUUUCAUGCGAUGAUCUCAAUUUGCUUCUCCACGGGGAGGACCGCCACGUGGCGGUCUCUGAUUGGCAGGCACACACGGUGUACCACGGGUAUUGUCCGGAAGAUCCCCAAGUUUUGUGGUUUUGGGAAGUUGUGGAGUCGCUUUCGGGUGAGCAGCGGAAGUCGCUGCUGUUUUUUGCGACUGCUGUUUCGAAUCUGCCCGUGAACGGAUUCAAGGGGUUGGCGAUGGGGUUUCAUCUGCAUCGGGCAGAUGUGGAUCUUUCGCGCCUGCCCACGGCACACACGUGCUUUCAUCAGUUUCUGCUACCCCCAUAUGAGAGCAUAGAGAUGAUGCGUAUGCGCUUGCUCACUCUCGUGAGCACGUCAUAUAUUGUUCACAGCUUUGGAUUUGCAUGA